AUGGCUAUUAUUGUAAGUCAUGGUCACUACAUAUUCACGGAUUCCGAUCCUCCCAGAAAGCCUGGAGACUCUUCUCGACUGAUCAGUACGUUGAUUCCAGCAACUGGUGUUUCAAAUUGUUUCAAUUUUCGCUAUAACAUGCAUGGCACAGAUGUGGGAAGCCUUAAUGUUUACCUCAAGAAUGGUUCGGCGUCCUCUCUCGUGUGGACUCUUUCUGGAGACCAAGGGACUGGCUGGAAACUGGGCAGCUUUCCCAUCCCAGGGACUUCCGGUACCGGCAACACAUACCAGAGGCCAAGACUGGUAAAGGAAAUAAAGGAGAUAUUGCACUGGAUGAUCUAGAAGUGGUGUCACUCACGUGUUCAAUUUCCCCAUCUUCUGCUGGACCCAACUCACAAAAAUCGACCACCUUAACUACAGCUUCAACAGCUAGCACUGGACCACCAUCAAACCCAAAUACUGUCACCUGUAACUUUGACGGGGGGCUCUGUGGUUGGACACAGCUCACAACUGAUAAUAAGGACUGGAUUCGACACCAGGGUACAACUAAUAGUUAUGGAACCGGUCCUUCAAGUGAUCACACAGGCAGAAAUGGCUAUUACCUUUAUUUGGAAUCAUCAACUGGUCAGUUUGGCGAUGCAGCAAGGAUUGUUAGUGGCACAAUUCAACCCCGUGCUUCGGUAGAGUGCUUAACAUUUUGGUAUCAUAUGCAAGGAAGUUCUAUUGGCUCUUUGUCCAUAUACAUAUACCAUAUCACAAGUAUUGGUUCUCCCUUGUGGACAAGAUCAGGAUCUCAGGGCAACGUAUGGAUUAAGGGUUCUCUUUCCAUCUCACGUCAGUCCUCGUACAGACUUGUAAUUGAAGCGAAGAAAGGUACUAGCUACACUGGAGACAUUGCCAUUGACGAUAUCAUGCUGGUGGAUGGCUAUUGUGCUGAUGCCACAUCGACGGCCAGUGGUGUUACUAGCUUGCCUUCCCCGGGAUCUGUGAUAAACUCCUGUGACUUUGAGGAUGGUUCCAAAAUGUGUAACUACACAAAUGAUGCAGCAAAUACACAACAGUACUCUUGGCGAUUGACUUCCCACACUUCUGGUAGUUAUGCUACCGGACCUAAUAACGACCAUACUUAUGGGACAAUCAUGGGUAAGAAUUUUUUUUAUUUAGAAUUUUAGAAUGUAUAAAGUGCGCAGAGCUAGGAAGACUUUUGUUUUGAUUUUACUGUAAGAAGACAUUUGAUAAAGGACGGACAAUUUUGUGUCUUGUUUACUUGAGUUACAGGAAAGUAUGUGCUCUUAAGAUGAUUGUUUAGUGCUUGGAAUAACCAAAAGUAAAUCUGACCCCACUCCCCCCCCCAAAAAAAACCCCAAACUAAAAACAAACUAUGCAGAAGAAAUACUUCCAAAGUAAGUAUCAGUAUCAGUGACUGCUGUAAGUAAAGCUUUUUUAUCACCUUUCCUGUGAGCCUACAUUUACCUGGUAGACGUUUGCCAUCAAAAUAAAUAUGGGCCUUACUGUCUGUGCUUUAUGCUCCUUCGGCACAUGUCAGGUAAUUUAGGAGAUUUGCUGCUAAACCCUACUUAUCGGGGCCAACAAGGUCUUAAUGGGGCACAGCAUCUCAACUGACAGUUGGGAAUACUCGAUUAAGAAAAAACAUACCUGUUUGGGAAUUAAACUCACCUUUUCUGUGAGGAACAGCAAAGAGCCUAACCACUACACCACAGUUAAUUGCUGUUAGUGGGUGAUAGGUGGGUGCUCUGAUGUGGUUUGCUUCUUCUUUCCUAUCAAACCUGUGUCGUCUAUAU